GGUAUAUAUAGGAAAGCUAAUGAACAGAUUUUACACAGUUCGCCAUGAUCUUGACAAGCAUUAACUCCUUCCUUUUCGUUCUCGUUGCUCUCAAUACCAACGUUCUCUGCGCUCCAGCAUGGAACGCGCUUCCAAAAAUUAACGAAUGGAAUUCGCCGAACAAUCACACGUCGUACGAUCAAAUAGAUGAAUUGGACGAGGAUAGAAUCUUCGGUGGGGAAUACGCGAUGCAAAAUCAAUUUCCAUUUAUGGCCGUGGUCCAUCAAUUGAAGGGCAACGGGAGGAUCUCGCAGUGCGGUGGAACCAUAAUUUCAUCGAGAUGGGUAUUAACAGCGGGCCACUGUGUAGCGUCAGGCCCUCACCAAUUCCUCGUUGUUUUCGGUACCCGUGACAAAACCGGUAUAGCGUAUAAUUUUUAUCAAGGGCCCGGAGUGGCAAUGUUAACGACCCAAGCCGUACUCCAUCCCGAGUACAGAACAACCAUGAACGAUAUCGCGUUGCUAUACAUGCCGCAAAAUAUCCCAUUCGGAAACAACAUUCGACCAAUCCAAUUCGUCGGUAACAGGUACAACACAUACGCCGAUAAAACGGGGAUGGUGAUUGGAUGGGGCAAAGACGGCCCCACUGGAACCGGAACAAAGAGGCUGAAGUACGCCGCCGUACCGAUUAUCUCGAAUUACGAAUGCUCCAUGUAUUGGCCUGUCACGGAGGCACACGUGUGCACUUCGGCAGCGUACGAUGAAGACGCGUGUCAGGGAGACAGCGGUGGUCCACUGAUCGUGAUGAAAAAUAGGAAACCUUUUCAAAUUGGAAUCGUAAGCUACGGAGACGGAAACUGUCCUAGCAGCAAACCAGGAGUAUUCACUAGGGUCUCAAGUUUCGUUGAUUGGAUCGAAGAAGUUACCAACAUUCAUUUGUAAAAGAUAAUUUAUAAUAUUAUCACGAAUUAUAAAUUUUGUAACGUGUUUGUAUAGGGAGGAUUGGUUAAUAUUACGUAUUUCGUGUAUCUAUUGUAAUUAUGUUAUAAUUAAAUUGAUUAAUUGCAAUAA